UUUAUAAAACUUUCAGCUUUUAUAAAAUAACGAGGGUCUGGCACGCACUGGCUCUUAAUCCAUAUACCCAAUAGGCAAGACGUGAUAAAAUAAAGUUUGUAGUCUGUACUUUGUAUGUAUCACCUGAAUACCUACAUACAUAUCAACCUUAGCUUAGAGUAAAUGACGUGAUUACCUAAAGUGUAUCGUAUAGGUUCAUUCAUUGAGUGUUGACUGGUGAUUAAUCGUGGUGGCGACUGACGCGGGCGCAGGCUGCCCGGUAAUCGCCGAUCGUCUGUUAUCGCGUCCGUCGCGCUGUCCGGAGUGGUUGCGACCACUCACUCUGAGUACAGGACGCAUCGCAUGCGCCUGUCCGUAACUCACCCCGACCGUUUUUCAUCUAAAAUUUUUUUUUCAUAAUUAUUUUUAAAAAUAAUCCAAACUGACAGUUCAAACAUAAUAUUUUAUCCAAAAUGUACCGCGAAGAUAGCGGUCUGCUUCUUGACGAUGCACUCCUGAACGAUCAGCUUCUCUUCGAAUACACGCCGGUCGAGAGCCUGAUCAACUUCGAACUCCCGACGAAUCUCAACACCGAUUUCGACGCCUGGCAACUCAGUGAUGCCGACUUUCAGUGUGAUGCGUUUAUUAACGCUUUCGACGAUUCAAAUAGAGAUAGUUCAAACUUAGAAGGCAGCUCUCCCGUACUUUUUGACUUCGAUAAUUUGGACAAGAACCUGGAUGACUACCUUCUCGAAGCUCUGACUAACGAUAAAUCCAGGGAUCUUCUGCAGUCCGCGACAGAUUCUAACGAUAGCGGUAGUGAUGCAGAUCUAGGACGACUUUCGGUCCUCGGGAUCGAUUUGGAUUCGACGUGCGUGCAAGACAUUCAAUAUCCGCAACAAAGUUUUGACAAAAAGAGUGAAAAAGUGCGUAUAGUAAUUCAAGAUGCAAAAGUGCGUUCGUGGGGUGAGCCGACGUUCUGCCCUAAGCUCGGUGCGUUUCGGUGUCCGGUGGAGGAGUGCGGGAAACUUUACGCGAAGGCGUCGCAUUUGCGCGCGCACUUGCGGCGGCACAGCGGCGAGAAGCCUUACCGGUGCACGUGGGGAGGCUGCAGCUGGCGGUUCGCGCGCUCGGACGAGCUGGCGCGACACCGGCGCAGUCACUCCGGUGACAAGCCCUACCGCUGCGGCGAGUGCGGCAAGCGGUUCGCGCGCUCCGACCACCUCGCCAAGCACGGGCGCGUGCACGCUCGCCGCGCCGCCGCCGCCGCCGCCGCCGCCAAGCGAGUCACUGUGCAUUCCUACCGUACAAGAAGACUUUUGUAAAUCUAAGGUGCUAAUUAAGUAGAUUUAUGCAAACAAACUUCUGUGUUAUGGUGCGUCGCAACAAUCUAGUUUAUAACGUCCUGACUUCGAACGCCUUACCUAUCUCUAGAUAUUAAGUGAAUGUAUAAUAACUAAAAAAGACCUAUCUAAAGAAAAAUAUGGUGACAAGGAAUCUUUAAGGUCAAGACAGAGGUCUGUCGUCUGCACUUGGAAUGCAAGCCUACUACAAAUUUGCGACUGCAAUUGCACUAAUUUUACAUGGUUUUAGUGCAACUGCAUUGCAAGUUUCAACUGCCAACUGAUUGUGCAGUCCGCAUGCAUUUCACGCUCUUAUGUGUGGUGAUACCUACUAGAACUGCACGACGACUGCACGCAAACUGCCUUAUCGGUUGUCAGUUUCAAUGCAAUGUGCCAAUUGCAAUAAACACAUUUCAAGCUGUUAUUUUGCUGUUGGCUUGUCCAAAUGCAGACCGUUUGUGUAGACCGAAACUAGUAUUUUUAUAACUAAGUAGGUAUCUGUUCUCUCAUGAGUCACGACACACCACAACACAGAAGUUUGUUGGCUUCUUUAUGUUUUACAAGUGUAAUUGUGAUCAAGUGAGAAACUGUAAGUUUAGAAAAUAACCUAUACCGAACCAAAGAUCGCGCAGGCGCGUUUUAGUUCUAAGCAAAUUAUUUCUUAAAUUAGGUAGGCAGUUAAGUAUUAUUCACAUAAGUAAAGGAAGGGCCCUGUACCAGAGAUUUAUGCUCUCAUUUUAAAUUUCAAAGGUCCAAUCGUGGUUAGUUUCUCUUUACUUAGUAAUAAUUAUUAUAGGCCUAGGUAUGUUUUAUUUUAUUUAUUUAUUGAUACAGUACAAACAAUUUAUCAAUGUUAGGUACUUAUUUGUUACUUAAAAUAGCUAAGAUAAUAUAAAGAAUGUCGUGCAAACUAAUUGCUCAUACAUGACCUUAGGAAUCUCAAUCCACCAACUAUAAAAGUCAUUGUAUGAUUAGAUUGGUAAGUCUUGUUACUUAUUACUUAGGUACCUAUCUUUACUAAGUAUUAAAAUGUAUGAGGUUCUACUUUGUAUAAAGUUGAACAAAAUAAUAAAAACGAACUGUUUUGUCAAUAGCUUUUAAGAUAAGUGAACAUAAUAAAAUAAUUGAUAAACUCUA